AUGCCCCCAGCACAUGGUUUGCAAACAAAUUCGCUGCCUGUGCCUCCAUUUGUGACCGGGAAUGUGGCAGGAGAUUAUUAUGGUGCACAGGGCAGUCCACAUGGCCAUGCACAUUCAACACCUCGCUUCCCACAGCGGCCGACUAUUCCGAGUAUUGACAGGUCGGGAGGCGUUGGGCCAAGUCACUAUAGUCCAAAUCCACUUGGAAAUGCCUCGACCAACUCUGGGCCAUCUGAGCAUGUUUCUCGCUCGAGCCGUUUACCUGCACUCACUCACGUAUCAACUGACCGGGCCGUGACAUCUCCCAGCAGAGACCUUGCUUCUCCUUUAAGAAAUGGAUCGAAUGUAGGGCGAUCAAGAACGCCUGAAAUAUCAUCGACAGCCGCAAGAUCUUCAUCGGUCACCAUGCCACCUAUGCCGCAAAGACCCACGGAGUCGUUUACGAAUUCACAGAGAACUGUUGUGGGUCAAACACACAAUAGAUAUUAUGUUUCCGCCUUGAACUCGGAUUCGCCAAGCGAUGAGGAUUCAGAUCCAAAUGAGACAGAGAUGAUGACAGCAAGAAUGCUAGAUGCCAUUACUGCGACCGGAGAAAGCGGACUACGUGCUGCUCAGUUAAUGAGAGGAGUGAACCCUGGGAGGAAGGUAGCGUCGAGGAAAGCUAUAGCAGAUCUUGAAAGUGUGGAGCUCUCAGAUCUGCCAGAAAGUGAAAGGGCUUGCAUUAUUUGCUACAAUGACUUUGGCACGGAGACUCCGGAAGGAAUAAACGAAGCACCCCUACGCCUUCCGAAAUGUCAACAUGUUUUCGGUGACCACUGUAUAAAGAAGUGGUUUGCAGAGUCAGACAGUUGCCCGUAUUGCAGGGACAAACUGCCUUCCGAGCCUCAACAUCGUGCCGAUCCAGAGUCUUUCGUUCAUGUCAUGCGACAAAGUCAGAUGCAGGUUCUCCGGCAUGCAAGUAGGAAUGGGUGGGCUCGUGACAACCAUGGGGAAGCUCGAUGGGGAACUUCUGAAGCCUCUUCCGCUUCAACAUAUCGGAGACCUGACGCUCUGCCGAGUGUCCGCUCGUGGCAGCAAUCUGAACGACGGUCACCGCCUGGAGAUGUUGGUGAGAAUCGUCGAAGGACACGCCCUCGCCAUGGCAGCCUACGUGCCUCUCCGCCAUCUGCUCGCUCGAACUUAUUUAUGGCUCCGGGUAUUUCGGGACAUCCUAAUGGUCAGUACCACACCAAUGGUGGCCGGCUUUACCCAUCAGGUCACAACCACCGACAUUCAAUGGGAGCACUCGGCUCGCCUGUCCCAGCCCCCGCAGGAUUUGAGAAUACCAUGGCGCCAUAUUUGGGACAAGUCCCCAUGUAUCAUGCACACGAACCCAGACUGCCUUUUCCGAAUCCCUUGAUGACAAGCGAAACCGGGAUUCAACCUAGGUGGCCGCCAGCAAGACCCGACUUUUACCCCCCUGCGUCACACACCAUUGGGGGGCCGGAAAUUCGGAUGGCGGAUCCAGAGGAAAGGGGCUCUGACUAUUCCGCGCAAUAG